AACAGUCCAGCCACCUUCGAAUUUCACAAUGAUGACGAUAUGGGUGAUGUUUAGUUUCGUUUUGCAAUUUCACGCACGGAAAUCAAAAUAGGAAAUAUCAGGGGCAAAAGCGCCAGUAUCGGCCUGUGCAUAUGCCUCUCCAUGCAACGAUCUUUCCAGUGUGACAGCUUUCGCCCGACGAUUCAGGCAUUCACCCGAAGCGUUUCCGUACAGUCCAUCCGUCGACCUCUGAAUCUCUACAGUCUUGACAUUCACAAACAAGGUUCCGAGCCCGCCGCUGUCCCUUUCAAGGAGAUCAAAACCGACUGGCAAACACUGGUAACAAUCGUUAUGAGCAUAAAGGAAUAUGCAUGAGCAUUUUACCCGAUGUCUCCGUUUUCGUUAGAGAGUAUAUGCGUAAUUUGUUGCAAGUAUACAUACAUGCAUGUGCGGUCUUGUGGCAGAUUGUUGUUGGAAGUUACGUUCACAGAGCUACUAAGGGGAAUCAUACAAUAAUUUGCGGGAAAAUAAAUUGUGAAAGCCAAAGUAUGCGAGGACCUUUUGCUACCCAAUGACCUUCGCACACUUCUCUGUUUGUUUUUUGCCGCUGGUUUUGCCAUAAUGAUUCAAACUUUCUCGCACGGCUUCUUCCGUAGGUAUUCUACGCUCUAUUCCAACAAAGGUGCAGUAUAGUUGAUUAGUGAACGAGACUAUGCCCUCCCCAUGGCACUUACUGUUAAACAUCCGGACAUCCCUGGCACAAGGCACAGCCAAUUCUUGGGAUGCAUAUUCCUGGGCUGAUCAUAUUACUCGGACUCUCAGAGUGAGUACCUAAUUAGAGGCGUCUCACAGCUUGGAUCCAGUUCUGCCCAAAAAGAGCAACGCGCGAUACGGGAGUCAGGCGCACUUGUGACGUAAAUAGUCGAGUCAAGAAGAAGUCCGAAACUAAACCAUGGAAUUUGACAGUAAUACGGACGCUAAUGCAACGGCGUCCACAUCGCGGGACCCGCCGUAUUACCACGCCCUACAACUGGGCUACUUCAUUUUACAACAUUACGUGCCAGUUAUUUCGGGAAUCCUAGGAAUAUUUGGCAAUAUUUCCGCAUUUCUCGUGACGACAAAAAAGGAGAAUCGCCGGAACAGCAGCUGUGUUUUUAUGAGUGCGAUGGCCGUUGCUGACACACUGUUCCUUGUAGUUAAGUAUAUUGGAAGAGGUACCAUAAAUAUGCGUGGGUCGCUGAUAACAUUUCAGGAAAGGAAAGUGUUGACUUAUUUCGUCUGGUACGGUCAAAGCGCUAUGACCACCGCAUCGUCACUCUUUCUCGCCGGGAUGAACAUCGACCGAACGCUGGCCAUCCUCUUCCCUUUGAAAGCAAACACAUGGUGCACUGCCUCCAGGGCCCGGAAAGUUGUCAUUGGAAUGUUCCUUUGGCCCGUCCUUUUUGACAUUAAUAUAUUAUUUACUUUUAAGCCAUUUUGGCUGACCGAAGAUACAAUGAUUAUUCUCCUUGACGUACCGCACCCAAAGUGGUUGGAGACUGCGAUUGCCACCUACGAGCUGGUUGCAGUGAUCGUCCCGUUUACCACAAUCGUGUUAUGCAACGCUUUGAUUCUAUUCGGGAUCCUGCGCUCCGCGAAGCGUAGAUCCAAGAUGGCGGGCGAAGAAACAACGGGGCAGAGGACAAUGGGUAAAUCGCUAACCCGGAUGUUGAUUCUUGUUUCGGUUUUCUACGUCAUUUUCAACCUUCCCAUUCAGCUCUACAGCGAAAUGGUCCGAAAUUCCUCAUAUAAUCCCGACCCCUAUGAACAGGUUCUAAAUCGUUUUAUAUAUAAACUGUUCGGAGAACUAUUCCAUUUCAACUUCGCAUGCAAUUAUUAUUUGUAUAUUAUGGGUGGUGGAGCAAAAUUUCGCAACGACGCGAAAGGCAUCUAUAUGUCAUUGUUCAGAUGUUUUAAGAACAAGUCAUUUGUGUUGGAACAACAGUGACCUCCAUCGCCAGAGAACGUAGCACAAGA